GAUGUUCUGCUUCGCACUGGCAAGUGGUUACUGUUGAUCAAGCUUUGCUGGCGGUCAGAGUUCCUUGUCCUCUCGUCCGAGUCUCCGAGACUAUCGGAGGGAACGGCGGACGCCGGACAAGCGAGUGACGGGUCUCCUGAAAUUUCCGACGCAAACGCCUCUAUAGGGGACGCAGAGGUGGCACGAUGAAGAGAACAACAGUUUGCAUAUUUAUUGUGCUGCUGUUACAAAUCAUUUCUGGCAGUGCUCAGACAGAUACAACGACGACGACUCCAGCAACCAGUGAUACAUCCACCAACUUGAACUUAACAACAGAUGCUAGUACAGCACCUGAAACACUUUCAUCAACUAGCAUUCCAACAAACAGUACAGCUGAAACUCAAACAAAUGAAAGUGCCACACUUACAACAGGCAAUACAACCGAAGCUCAAACAGUUGCAACAACCAGCAUUCUAACAGACAGUACAACUGGAUCUCAUACAAAUGUAACAGCCAGCAUUCCAACAGACAGUACAACUGUAGUUCACACAUCAACACCCGCAUUGACAACAGGCAGUAAUCCUGGAGCUGGGACAAAUGUAACAACCAGCACCCCAGCAGACAGUACAACUGGAGUUCAGACAACAGCAACAACCACACUUACAUCAGGCAGUACUCCAGGAGCUCAAACAAAUGUAACAAACUUUCCAACAGACAGUACAACUGGGGCUCAAGAGACAUCAACACCAACACUUACAACAGGCAAUACGGCUGAAGGUCAGACAACUGCAGCAACCACAGCUCCAACAAACAAUACAAGUGGAGGUCAGACAACUGCAGCAACCACAGCUCCAACAAGCAAUACAAGUGGAGGUCAGACAACUGUAGCAACCACAGCUACAACAAGCAAUACAAGUGGAGGUCAGACAACUGUAGCAACCACAGCUACAACAAGCAAUGCAAGUGGAGGUCAGACAACAGCAGAAACCACAGCUCCAACAAGCAAUACAAGUGGAGGUCAGACAACAGCAGAAACCACAGCUCCAACAAGCAAUGCAAGUGGAGGUCAGACAACAGCAGAAACCACAGCUCCAACAAGAAAUACAAGUGGAGGUCAGACAACAGCAGAAACCACAGCUCCAACAAGCAAUACAAAUGGAGGUCAGACAACAGCAGAAACCACAGCUCCAACAAGCAAUACAAGUGGAGGUCAGACAACAGCAGAAACCACAGCUCCAACAAGCAAUACAAAUGGAGGUCAGACAACAGCAGAAACCACAGCUCCAACAAGCAAUGCAAGUGGAGGUCAGACAACUGUAGCAACCACAGCUCCAACAAGCAAUACAAGUGGAGGUCAGACAACAGCAGAAACCACAGCUCCAACAAGCAAUACAAAUGGAGGUCAGACAACUGCAGCAACCACAGCUCCAACAAGCAAUACAAGUGGAGGUCAGACAACUGCAGCAACCACAGCUCCAACAAGCAAUACAAGUAGAAGUCAGACAACUGUAGCAACCACAGCUCCAACAAGCAAUGCAAGUGGAGGUCAGACAACAGCAGAAACCACAGCUCCAACAAGCAAUACAAGUGGAGGUCAGACAACAGCAGAAACCACAGCUCCAACAAGCAAUACAAAUGGAGGUCAGACAACUGCAGCAACCACAGCUCCAACAAGCAAUACAAGUAGAAGUCAGACAACUGUAGCAACCACAGCUCCAACAAGCAAUGCAAGUGGAGGUCAGACAGUUACAACAGCUACAGUGCCACCAAACAGUACAACAACUGCAACACCUAGCUCACCAACAGAAAGUACUAAUGGAACUCAAACAGUUACAACAACCACUACAACAACCACUUCAACAACCACUACUACAACCGUUCUACCGGACAUUGGAGUAAAACCUCAAACAACUACACAAACUGUCAGUCCAACAGACGGUACAACAGAAACUCAAAAAAUAGCACCGACAGCUGUUUCAACUUCAACAGCAGCAAAAGGGUGCCAGAACAAUUGGAUAUCGUACAAUCAUGGGGAAUCGAUAUACAAGGAAGACUGUCAUUCCUACACUUGUUUGAAUGGAGUUUGGACGCUCGGCAAAGGUUCUGAUCCAUAUUGCUGCAAUUUUUGGAAUGUUUUUGGUUGGAAUUUGUAUUAUUUCUCCCGGGACUAUAUCAACUGGAAUCGAUUCCGCUGGUGGUAUACUCACUCUGAGUGGUAUUCUGAGUAUUACUACCGUAGUUAUGACAUAACUUACAAUGGACCCCUCAAUACCUCGAUCUACAAUUCAAAAUGCCAAAGGUUUGCGUGCGUUGGCCGAGACACCAUAAACAUCACCGCAGAAGUCCAGGAAGACUGUUGUGAAUACAAGAACGUGUGGUACCAUCAUGGCCAACCAAUUUACAAGGAUGAUUGCGUAGGCUACGUCUGUUUAAAUGGAAAAUGGUUGGAAACAAGCUACAGAGAUCCAAAAUGCUGUAGGAAUCCUGAUACUAACACCGGUUUCCAAGAGUUUUUUAACGAUGUGUAUGAUUAUUACGAUUCGUUUCAAAACUAUUUUAAAAGUUGGUAUAAAUUGAAUGAAACGAGACCCCUUCCUGACUGUAGACAAGUAACGUGUGCCUCUCGAGACAACUGGGUCCUCACUGGCGUUGUAAUACCUGACUGCCGCCUUCCACAAGGAUGCGAUUUCAAUGGGACACGUUACACUCACAUGGCGAGACUUCCAGGGUGUUUUCAGGUGUUCUGUGUGAGAGGAGUGUGGAUACAGAGAGGGCACGUAGAUUCAAAAUGUGGCUACUGCACUGCUCAGGGGGAUCCUCACCUGCGUACCUUUGAUGGAAUGUAUUACGACUAUCAAGGGACCUGCGAAUAUUCCAUAGCCCAGGAAGGGAAAACGACCAAACCCCAGUAUGCAGUUAUCUCUCAGUUCAGGCCAUGUUGGAGUGUUGCAUGUGUUGGACCGAGCACGUUCAAAGACAACCCAGGGACCAUCAUUACGAUGGGAACAUAUGGAAGGGAUCCACCUGACCUUUAUAAGAUUUUGGUUAACGGGGUACUGUAUGAGAUUCCGGAUGAGAUACCCAGAUUUGUGAGGGAAGGCACAAAAGAGCACCCAGUGUUAGCCUGGAGGUAUGGCUAUUGGUGCAUUCGCCUGAUUGGGUCUAGUCAGAUUUCUAUGGAAAGGUGUGGUUGGUCUGUGUCAGUUUGGGCAUUACCUGAAUUCCAAAGGAAAUUAUAUGGACUCUGUGGAUACUUCGAUGGAAAUGUCAACAAUGACUUCAUGAGAAGAGAUGGAACUACAUCUGCAUUACAAUACUAUCCCAGAGGAGUAGAUUUUCCAGACUCUUGGGAGACCUCUUGUGCCACGGGUGGCCUAUAUGGUGCUCCUUCUGGGAAAACAUUGAGACGAAUGAAAAGAAGUGAACCUGUGAAUUGUACCUUGGAAAGAGAGGUUGAAGACAGACUACGCAGCCAGUGUAAUCAGAUUGUUGAGGGAUCAGGAGGUCUACCUGCGGAGAUGAUCACUCCUCUGAUUGACAACUGUGUAUUUGAUGUGUGCUCCAUUUAUCAGAAUACAUCUGGCAACGCAAGUGCCAUAGAAGAAUGGCUGGGUGAAGUUCGAAAAUCAGCGGCAGAUAUCUCUGAUGUACAGAAUAAAACUACUGAUGCUGAUGUGCCACCAGAGAUUCUGUUCCAAGACCCUUUCGUCAAUGUAACUGUAACUACUGUAGUGACAGAAGCUACCAAGCCAGGGUCUUCAGGGCCUCUUCCAGAUAAAGACAACUACGGUAAAAGGGAAAAACUUAUACUGCGGCUUGUUGCAAAAGUGAAUAUUGGAAGCCGUUGCUGGACUUCAGGAAGUCAAGAUAGGUAAAAUACUACAUGGACUCACAGGCCCCUUUUCCAUGUUAUGAUUUUACCGGAUUAAUGCUCCGUCAGAUAAACCCUCUAAUAAUGGAAAUCAUCAAGAUCUUUAUUACCUAAGGCAACGUUGUGGUAUUUGAUUUUAUUUCCUAUGUAUGUUAACUUGAGUCUCUAUAUACAUUCAGUAUGGCAAGAAGGAUGUCCUGUUUUUCUGCAUUAAAAAAAAUUUUAUGUUCUCAACUUCUAAUAAUUAAUCUUUGGCAAGUUUUUUAAAAUCUUAAGUGCUUAGAUAGACUUGGUACAGAUAUGAUGUUUCCAGUGAAUUUUUAAGGUUUGUUAAAAAAAAGAAGUCAUAACUACAAGCAUUCAUUCCUUUAACGGGUACCAGAUAAACCUACUGGCUCAUUGGCUAAUAUAUCUUAAGCUUUCUUGGUUUUUAUUACUAUAAAAUGGCAGUUUUUCCUUUUAGAAUGAUGAAUUCCAUCCUUUUUUUUUACUUUCUGUAGCAUCUACUUCAAUUGCCUUUUAGAUGACACACUUCAAGUUUUUCAAUAGGGCUUUUAAAUAAGAAUAUCAGCCAGCCUCCAAAUCCCUCAAAUUGCUUUGAAAAUAGGAUUUAAUUUUAGCCAAACAGUUAAUUUAUAGUUUUUUUCUUACAAAAUGCAGCUUUGAGAAUGUAUAAAUGUUUUCAAGUAUGUUUUACCGUUUUUUAAUACCUUCAGAGGAAAGCUUACCCUUCAAAAAGUAGUUGUACCUUUGAAAGGUACCUAUUCCUGAAGUCUGCAAUCCUUCAAAACAAGUAAAUACUGUACACUUUCAAGUUUUCAUCUUUAUUAACAAGUUAGAUGUCAUAUUUAACUUCCUCUCCCUUGCAUUUUUGAAAAGUCAAUUUUUUUUAAUAUUGCUUGUCAAAGGUUAAUGCCUCCUCAAAGAAUGAAUGAAAAAUUUUUUAAUACUUCUUCCUUCCCGUGUGACUCAAGUUGCCAUGUUCUGAAAAUCCUGUCAAGACAACACUUCUUUAAAUAUAUAUGUAGCUUCCUCUAAAGGAUAAUUAUAACUUAAUGUUUCAUAUUUUAUGAAAAUAAAUUCAACAUUGUAAAAGUUUUCUUAUAGACUGAUUAUUAGACUUUCACUACAAACCUAGAUCCUUCUUGACAUUUAAUAUUUCAUGUCUUGUGGUUUCUUAAAUAUAUUCAUUAAACUUGUUUACAUUUUUUUUAAAUGUUUGGUUUUUCAAAGCACACAUUUUAUAUAUUUUGUUAUGAUUUUAUUCCUCAGAGCACCCACUGUUUCUGAAUUCUGUCAUCUGUUAUAAUAAAAAAUAUUAUCAGUUGAAA